CUCAGGCCACCAAACCUGACACCUGGGGCCAGAACUACACUUCCCACCAAGCAGCGAGGCAGGAGGAAGAAGGGGGCACUGAGGGCCGAAAAGGAAAACCAGAAGAAAGAGGAAACAUUACCUGCUGACCGCCAGAGGUGGCAAGAGCCAUGCAGUUCUCCAGCUCAGCCUGGGCAGCAGAUGAGAACUUUGACUAUUUGUUCAAGAUUAUCCUCAUUGGGGAUUCCAAUGUGGGGAAGACAUGUGUGGUGCAGCAUUUCAAGUCUGGAGUCUACACCGAGACACAGCAGAACACGAUUGGAGUGGACUUCACCGUACGCUCUCUUGAUAUCGAUGGCAAGAAAGUAAAGAUGCAGGUGUGGGACACAGCUGGCCAGGAGCGCUUCCGCACCAUCACCCAAAGCUAUUACCGGAGUGCCCACGCGGCCAUCAUCGCCUAUGACCUCACCCGGUGGUCCACGUUUGAGUCCAUCCCUCACUGGAUUCACGAGAUAGAGAAAUAUGGAGCUGCAAAUUUGGUCAUUAUGCUGAUCGGAAAUAAAUGUGACCUCUGGGAAAAGCGGCACGUCCUGUUCGAGGAUGCCUGCACACUGGCUGAGAAGUACGGCCUCCUGGCUGUUUUGGAGACAUCUGCCAAGGAGUCCAAGAACAUAGACGAAGUCUUUGUGCUUAUGGCCAAGGAGCUGAUCGCCCGCAACAGCCUGCACCUCUAUGGGGAAAGUGCCCUGAACGGCCUCCCACUGGACUCCAGCCCAGUUGUUAUGGCCCAGAGUCCAAGUGAAAAGACCCACUGCACUUGCUAAGAUGUUUGCAAAGCCAGCCACACCCACCAAAGAGGCAGCCUCUGAAACCAAAGGUAGCCAGGAUACCCUCGUAUUGCCCCAGUGGCACUUCAGACCCCAGCGUGAACUGGCCGCUCACCCCUAAUCCUCCUCGUCUGGGUGGGCCGCACUUCUGCCUUGACUCAGACCACAGGUCGUAGCUGCUGACUCUCAGGAAAAGCAACACCAUUGUUUUCGUCGACUCUUGACUCCCGGAGAAACCAGGACUUCAGAACGAAGUGUAUUCUUCUCCCCUUUCAAUUUUCUGUCUCCCCAACGCUUCCGCUGCUUUCUACUGAAUUUUGUUUCUUGCUCAAAGAAGAGGGUAGUGCAGGAGAGGAGGGAGGAGAAACAGCAAGAGAGGGAAGAGGCUGUUCGGAACAUUCUGGAAUAGCUUGAAACAGCUCAGGCAGGAAGAAUGGAACAAAAGCCCGCAAUGAGAAACCAGAAUGCUGCUGUCAUUUUGCCCCUGAUAUACACAGCUCAGGUCUUCACUCUGGGGAGCGAAGCCUUUUAGCAGAAAUACCAGAAGUACCAUCUUGCCAAAUGGUCAGGAACUGUCUGAUGCAGAUGAAAAUGGAAUUCCCUCUAUUAUAGCAGGGCUGACUUGCCCACCUUCCUGGGAUAGGGCAGACACCUGCAAUUUUUCUUUCUUUUUUUUUUUGAGACAGGGUCAUACUCUGUCACCCAGGCUGGAGUAUUAGUGUCAGAUCUUGGCUCACUGCAACUUUCGCCUCCUGAGGUGGGUUCAAGAGAUUCUCCCACCUCAGUCUCCCAAGUGGCUGGGACUACACGCACACGCCACCACACCUGGCUAGUUUUGUAUGUUGUGUAGAGACAAGGUUUCACCAUGUUGCUCAGGCUGAUCUUGAACUCCUAAGCUCAAGUACUCUGCCUGCCUUGGCUUCCCAAACUGCUUGGGAUUACAGGCAUGAGCCACCAUGCCUGGCCCAGUUUCUUUCUAGAACUCCACAUCAUCUGCCAGAUCAGAAGUCAUUUUUGAAUUGAAAUUAAAUAGGUUGAUACAUGAAUAUCAAGCCAGAGUUGUACCGUCCCUUCUGUAAGAUGUGGCCAGAGAGCAGCUGGUGCCUUCUGGGAUGGAGUGACCCCAGUUUUCAGAACUGAACACAUCAUAGGAGGCUGGAAGGCACCAGGCACCCUCGUCUCCAGGACAGUGUUAGGGGACAUCAGGGCAAGCAGCAGGAGCAGGCUAGGGAGCCCCUCUAGGGUCCUGGAGAGCUGUGGACACUCACCUGGGGCUUCCAGAAAACAAACACCACUUAUGACUGCAGCUGCCAUUUACUGAGCUGCUUCUCAGGGCCAGAAGUUGUGUGAGGUCUGUGGGAAGUGAAUGGUCCCCUUGGUUUGUGAUGCCAGUGGAGGGGAAAAGAGGUACCAGCCACAUUCUGCUGCUUCUUUUUUUUUUUUGAGAUGGAGUCUUGCUCUGUCGCCCAGGCUGGAGUGCAAUGAAGCAAUCUUGGCUCCCUGCAACCUCUGCCUCCUGGGUUCAAGCAAUUCUCCUGCCUCAGCCUCCUGAGUAGCUGGGAUUACAAAUAUACACCACUAAACCCAGCUGCUUUUUGUAUUUUUAGUAGAGACAGGGUUUCACCAUGUUAGUCAGCCUGGUCUCGACCUCCUGAUCUCAGGUGAUCACCUGCUUCGGCCUCCCAAAGUGCUGGGAUUACAGGCUUGAGCCACUGCGCCCAGCCUGCUGCUCCUCUUAACACCCUUGGACUUCUCAGCGUCCUCUCAUGUAGCAGUCACUUUCAGUCUCCCCUUUCCCUGACCCACUCUUUUUUUUUUUUUUUUGAGAUGGAGUUUCACUCUUGUUCCCCAAGCUGGAGUGCAAUGGUGUGAUCUCAGCUCACUGCAACCUCCGCCUCCCAGGUUCAAGCAAUUCUACCUCAGCCUCCCAAGUUGCAGGGAUUACAGGCAUGCACCACCAUACCUGGCUAAUUUUGUAUUUUUAGUAGAGACGGAGUUUAUCCAUGUUGUUCAUGCUGGUCUUGAACUCUCAACCUGAGGUGAUCCACCCACCUCGGCCUCCCAAAGAGCUGGGUAAGCCCUUGCACCCAGCCCCUGCUCCACUCUUAGCUUCCUGGGCAUCAGGGACCCAAUCACAGCCCAUCUGCCUUUCAGCGAGAGGAAGGCAGUCUUUAGGGCUCCUUCCCUGGGCUGGUCUUCUCCUUGGCCUUAAGUUAUUCUCCUGCUCCCUUUUACAUUUCUUGGUCCCCCAGGAGUCCUUAGGUUGGAGCCAGAACUUAAAUUCUGACCUUCAGAACACAUCCAUAAACUAAGCCAACCACAGAGAAGAAAGGCAAAGCUAGGAGACCUAUGGCACACGAGUCUUCUCCCAGCCCUCCUUCACCUCAGAAAGCACUCAAUUUUUCUCACUUAAGGUCCCUUUUAGAAACUUGCAUCCUUCCUUAUUGAUUAGUCUAUUCUUGAGGCAUGGAUCCAUCCAUCUGUUCAGUGUGUGUCCCAGUCCAGGAUGCAGGCUCAGGGUGAGCACCAUUGAAGGUGAACGGCCUGCUGAGCUCCCAUGGGGGCUAGCCCUCUCCAUUCUGAGCAGCAGCCACGCAGCCUCCCCUGAAAGCAAACCUCCCCCUCUGUCCCCUUCUCCUCCAUUCACAGUGAGAUCUGAGGUCAGAGACCAAUGGCAGCCUGGGAUACUAGUCUUCCCUGAGACAUCUGUAUUUUCAUGGGAAUCAAGACACAAACUUACAGAUAAAGUUGUAAGGUUGGGACAGUAGCCAAGACAUCAGCUCACAGGAUCACAGGAAAAGAAAGGCAUCUGGGGAGAAGGUGGCCUUCUGGGAACCCCUGAGACCACCACUGGGGUACCCGUUGUCCUAGUGUGAGACAUCCCCACUGGGAGAUUGUUUUUCUACGCACAGGCAUCCACCACUCCAGGCCUCCCAGACAGGUGUUGAGGGAAUGAAGAUGGCUGCUUGGCGCCAGGUGAAGGAAGGGCUCUAGGGCUGGCUUUGGGAGGAGAGAGCGCCACACAAAGACACGAGCUGCCUGAGUAGCUCCCCUAAAUAAGCCACAGCCCAAAGGAGUCAUGUGAGUACCUCAUUUUUGCUGGAGCAUCUGCCCUUCCUCACAGAACACUCCUCUCCUCACUUUGUUCACAAAGGACAAGCUCUGAGACCAGCUGCCAAAUCCUGGCUUCCGUGGUCCAGUUAGGAAUUUUCAUUAGGCCAGGCACGAUGGCUCACACCUGUAAUCCCAGCACUAUGGGAAGCAGAAGCGGGUGGAUCACCUGAGGUCAGGAGUUUGAGACCAGCCUGGCUAACAUGGUGAAACCCUGUCUCUACUAAAAAUACAAAAAAUUAGCUGAGUGUAGUGGCAUACAACUGUAAUCCCAGCUACUCCAGAGGCUGAGGCAGGAGAAUUGUUUGAACCCGGGAGGAGGAGGUUGCAGUGAGCCGACAUUGUGCCACUGCACUACAGCCUGGGCAAUAAAGGGAGACUCCAUCUCAAAAAAAAAAAAAAGAAUUUGCAUUACGUGGGGUUACCUAAGGUCAGGAGUUCAAGACCAGCCUGGGCAACACAGUGAAACCCUGCCUCUACCAAAAUAGAAAAAAAAGUAGCCAGGCGUGCACCUCUAAUCCCAAAUACUCGGGAGGCUGAGGCAGGAGAAUUGCCUGAACCCAGGAAGGAGAGGUUUCAGUGAGCCAAGAUCAAGCUACUGCACUCAAGCCUGGGUAAUAGAGCAAGACUCUAUCUCAAAAAAAAAAAGAAUUUGCACUGAAGUUCUGAGAAGUACCGCAGCCGCAUCCACGGGUCCUUCCUCAGUCAAUCAACUGUCUCCACCAGGACAACUUCUACCAGAAAGACCAACUUCCUGAGUCUGCCACCAAUAGAGCGGCCUCCUGUGUUCGGGUACAGGUACUGGGCAGCAUGUGUGCCCAGCUUCACCCACUUAGUCAACAAGCCAAGGCAGGGGCCCCCAGCUCUCUAUGACCCACCUGGGCGGACCUGGCCCAUGAUAGAGGGAGACAGAGGGUGACGGUGUGAGACUCAAACCCCCGGGGUUGGGCACUACACAUCCUUGGGCAAGUCACACACCGCUGCUAAUUUCCUUUGCUCAUGCAUAUGAUACAGUUGCUUAAUUAAACUCUUGUGAGGAUCAAGAGAGGGAAUGGCUGUGAAAAUGCUUCAAAAAUAUAAAAGCAAGGCAAAGGCAAUAGGGAAUCAUUGUCAUGUUGUUCAGCUGCCACCAGGGAACUGCGGCUCAGUGUCUGGAUGCCGGGUUUGGUAUUUAAGGAUUUACUGCCUGAGAAGAGGUGGGAAAGGGUGCAUUUUCCCUGUGGCUUACUAGUUCCUUGGCGAUAAAGCCCUUCUCUAUUCCAUGUGUUGGCACAAAUACUGUUGCUGACAUGAAGAAAUUCUUGGGAGGAUCACCUGAGGUGAGGAGUUCAAGACCAGCCUGGUCAACAUGGUGAAACCCCAUCUCUACUAAAAAUACAAAAGUUAGCCAGGAGGCUGGGCGUGGUGGCUCACGCCUAUAAUCCCAGCACUUUGGGAAGCCAAAACAGAUGGAUCACGAGGUCAAGAGAUCGAGACCAUCCUGGUCAACAUGGUGAAACCCCGUCUCUACUAAAAAUACAAAAAUCAGCUGGGCAUGGUUGUGCACGUCUGUAGUCCCAGCUACUUGGGAGGCUGAGGCAGGAGAAUUGACCCAGGAGGCAGAGGUUGUGGUGAGCUGAGAUCGCGCCAUUGCACGCCAGUCUGGGUAACAACAGCGAAACUCUGUCUCAAAAAAAAACAAAAACAAAAACAAAAAAAUUUUUUUUUAGGAUUAGCCAGGAGUGGUGGUGCACAUCUGUGGGGGAAAAAAACAGAAAGGCCAGGUGUGAUGGCUAACACCUGGAAUCCCAGCACCUGGGAGGCUGAGAAGGGCAGAUCACCUGAGGUCAGGAGUUCGAGACCGGCCUGACCAAGAUGGAGAUACCCUCUCUGUACUAAAAAUACAAAAUUAGCCGGGCAUGGUGGUGCAUACCUGUACUCCCACAUACUUGGGAGGCUGAUGCAGGAGAAUCACUUAAACUCGGGCAAAGGAGGUUACAGUCAGCCGAGAUCACACCAUUGCACUCCAGCCUGGGUAGUAACAAGAGCAAAAUUCCAUCUCAAAAAAAAAAAAAUCCUAUUUUAGAGAUGGAGUCUAGUCUUGCUUCAUUGCCCAAGCUGGUCUUGAACUCCAGGACUCAAGGGAUGCUCCUGCCUCAGCCUCCCGUGUAGCUGAGAUUACAGGUAGUAAAGUUGGUGGCUCAGACUCCUCUGGGCUGGAGCAGGGCAGAGGUGAGCAGGGAAGUGGUUUGGGAGAGACAAAUAUGGGUGUGGGCCUGGGUUCUUGUUGACCCAGGCUGGAGUACAGCCACCUCGUGGUCCUGAGACUUCGGGUGAGGGACCACACUGGACCCUUCGCAGGCCUUGGGUAGCAAGGCUUCCUCGGCAGGCGCUCGUGGUGUCUUGCAAGGACGCAGGGACACGUGGUGCACCUGCAGCGUCUUCAUCCCCACCAGCUUGAAGCUGCCCCUCAAAGCGUGGAUCCCAUCUCCGAUAAACUGCCACUGCGCCAGAUCCAUCUGGCUUCACUGCGACCAGGGUCGCUCCCCGGUCCAGGAGGGCCCUCCUGAGCUGGGCAAAUGAAGGCUCGGCCCGGGGACUGCAGGCCACAGGGACACCCACAGCACAGGGGACCAGGAGAAGCCUCCUGUGAUGCCCGGCUAAGAUGCACGGGCUACCGGCUGAGCACUAGUAUCAGUUAUUUCUACAACCUCAUAACAUGCAGCUUGGAACAUCCAGCCACCCUGUGGUCCCAUUCCUCACAGGCCCGUGCAGCAGUGUGUCACUGGUACUCCGUGUGUGUGUGUGUGUGUUUGUGUGUGUGUGUGUAUAACAGGGUCUCAGCCCAGGUAGCAGUGUGUUGUUGGCACUGUGUGUGUGUGUGUGUGUGUGUGUGUGUGUGUGUGUAAUAGGGUCUCAGGCCAGGUACAGUGGGUCAUCCCUAUAAUCCCACUUUGGGAGGCCGAGGCAGGAGGAUCACUUAAGUUCAGGAGUUGGACAUCAGCCUGGGCAAUAUAGUGAGAAGACCCCCCAUCUCUACAGAAAUUGUUAAAAAUUAGCCAGGUAUGGUUGUGGGAGUCUGUGGUCCUAGCUCAUUGGGAGGCUGAGGUGGGAGGAUCGCUUUAGCCUGGGAGGUGGAGGUUGCAGUGAGCUGAGAUCCACAACUGAACUCCAGUCUGGGUGAUUGAGCCAGACUCUGUCUCAAAUAAAUAAAUAAAUACAGGGUCUUGCUAAGAUGCCCAGGCUGGUCCCAAACUCCUGGGCUCAAUCAAUCCUCCAGCCUCAGCCUCCUGAGUAGCAGUAGCUGGGAUCGCAGGUGGCACCAGGGCACCUGGCUUUGGCACUGUUUACUGUGGCACCACAAUGUACUCCUGUGCUUCUCAGACUGUUAGAAUGAGGUGGUUCAAGAUGAGGUUCUUCUUCAGCAGGAUGAGGUGCUUCAUGUAGUCACACAAGAAGCUUGAGAUGAGAGAGCUGGGAAUCUGGU